AUGUCGCAGGCCGAGGCGCGCCAGCGCGGCUCUCCCAAGGCCGUUAAGUCAGAAAAGUCUCGAUGCGGGAAUGGUUGGUCUUUCCAAAGUCAUCGCUCACCUCAGGCUAUCCUUCUCGGUCCGAAUGCGCACCUCCUGGAGUUUCCUUCGCUGCUUCUGCCAACGCCAUCGCCUACCGAUCCGCCGUUGGGACCAGGCUCAAUCCUCACGAUCACCGUCUCCAGAGACAUGGAGGCCGAACGUGCGUCUAGGAAUGCCUUUGAAACUCUGCAGGAGUCCAUUCUUGAGGAGUACGGUACUACCUCGCCGUCGAAACCCGUCCUAAGGGUUCAAAACGUCACGCAGACUAGCGUUGCUCUCGAGUGGGACCCUCUCAAGCUCGGAAGCGCCAGUUUCCGCGGCCUGGAGAUGUAUCGAAACGGUCAACGCUGGGGCAGAGUUGGAGGUGACGUCGGAACAAAGGAAGAGAAGCUCGAGUGGAAAACGGGUGGUCUCCAGAGCGGCGAAGAGUACACCUUCCAGCUGGUCUUCAACUUGACUGGUCUAUACGUUACCUUUGGGUCGAUCCAACCACCAACGCUCAUCAACCAGCUGCGCGGCUGCUUGGAACAGAUCCAUGCGCGUGAGGCCCCUGCCGUUCAGCUUGCUACGACGCACUUUGUUUGCUCGUCUCCUUUAACUGGAGGUGACGAGUCGGGCCGAGGGGGGCACCUCGAUGACGCCUACACGCAGGCCAUGGCUGCAAACUUGCCAGUAGUCAGCCCAGCGUGGCUCCUGGCCGUGGCUGCGGAACGGCGUCUCGUUCCCAUCGCGAAUUAUCUGCUGCCUGCCCCGACGCAGUCCAUCGACACCGCGGGUGGCCCCGCUCCCUUCCGACGCCCAAGUUCUUCUCGGCCUUCUUCACUGCCCGCCCCCGGUGAUCUCGGAACUUCCAACCACGACACCAUCCGAUCCCCGAGUCCCGAAACCGUUGCGCGCAUGAGCAACACUGGGCCCGCCAUGAGUCCGUCGUCGCGCACUCAGUCAUUCGAACAUCGGCAGAUGUCUCUUCCGACAGAGCCAGAAUCAUCAGGCUCGGGACGUCCUCGGAGCCCGAUAAAGCCCGAAUCCGAUGGCCGCUUAGACCGAGGGUUCAAGUUCCCUUUAUCCGUGAACACUGAGGAUAAGACGGAGCAGACGCUGUCGUCGCCUCUCAAGCAGACCCCGGUCGUCCACAUCCAGGCCCCUUCCACUGACGGCCCUGUCUCGGCCCCCGUGGGCUGUGACGAUAAGCCCACAGAGCGAUCCCAGGAUACCCCCGACGCCGACCGGGAGGAAGUCUCGGCAGCCGUGAGUGCUUCGGGUGGGCAGGAGUCGUCGGUAGACGAUGGAGCGAAGGAUUCACAAGUAGAUGACUCAUCAAAACCGUCAAAGGCUGCGGGUGACGCGAACCUUGACGAAAUAGACCUUAGUUGA